AUGGCCUCCGGAUGGUUCGAAAAAAUCAAAGUGGAAAGUCGCCUAGCAAAAAAUCACGAAAAAGUGACCCUGAUGCUUCCCACAGUAAUGUGAUGUUCACCACAUACACGAACACAUCUGUUCACAAACGAAACUUGUGCAUCGUAUCCUUUCCCAUCAUAUUUUUAUUCAACAUUUUGCGCUCGAUCCUCUACCAAAUUUUCGUUAUUUUACGCUUUGUUUACUUCAGUUCAUCCACUUAUUUCGUGCGUCAUCGUAUAACUGAUAGCGAGAAUGUCGAAAGAAACAGUUCUGUAGUAAUCGAAGAAGUAACGGAAAUGUCGCAGACCAGGACCACAGCCCCAGGUCCCGGGGAUCCAUUACUAGCCAAACAAAAACACCACCAUCGCAGGGCAUUCGAGUACAUUUCAAAAGCACUAAAAAUCGACGAAGAAAAUGAAGGUCAGAAAGAAUUGGCUAUUGAUUUGUACCGUAAAGGCAUAACGGAACUGGAAUUGGGAAUUGCCGUGCAAUGCUGGGGUGGUAAAGGAGAAGUGUGGGAAAGGGCGCAGAGAUUGCACGAAAAAAUGAAGACUAAUUUGGCUAUGGCUAAAGAUAGAUUGCAAUUUUUAGAAAGCAUGGAUAGUGCACUUAAUUCAGAAGUAAAUGAACCGAGAGAAUCUCCCAAACUUUCGUACACUACCAAUAUUCCCACACCUAAAACUUAUGCUCCAGCAUCUGGAAAGAAGUUAACGGUGGCAAGCAAACGCCCCACCAAUUCUCCUCUAUCGAAGAGCCUCACGUUACCCCGAUCGAUGGGCUCCCGUAACGCCCCCGUGCAACCGGUUCGACCAUUCAACAAAAUCUCCUCCACCCCACCGGCCAUCAAAAAGCAAUUAUCUAUACCGGGAAACUCGGGCUCCCCCGCCCGCAAGUCGGCCAACCUCAACAGCAACAACAACAACAGCGGAGCGAGCUCGAGCAAACCGGGCCAACGGGCCCGCUCGAUGUCCCUGCGGGGCGUCGAUCCCAAACUGGCCAACGCGGUCCUGGAUGAGAUAGUGGAAGGCGGGCAAUCGGUGCAGUGGGAAGACAUCGUGGGACAGGACGCCGCCAAGCAGGCUCUGCAGGAGAUGGUGAUCUUGCCUUCGUUGCGCCCCGAACUGUUCACCGGUUUGAGGACCCCGGCCAGGGGUUUGUUGUUGUUUGGUCCGCCGGGUAACGGGAAGACUCUACUCGCUAGAGCUGUCGCCACCGAAUGUCAGGCGACAUUUUUUUCGAUAAGCGCUGCUAGUUUGACUUCUAAAUACGUGGGAGACGGCGAGAAAAUGGUGCGGGCGUUGUUCGCCAUUGCCAGGGAGCUGCAGCCUUCUAUUAUAUUUAUCGAUGAGGUGGAUUCGUUGUUGUCGGAGAGAUCGAAUAACGAACACGAGGCCAGUCGUAGAUUGAAAACGGAGUUUCUGGUCGAAUUCGACGGGUUGCCGAGCAAUCCGGAAAGCGAAAAAGUAUUAGUAAUGGCGGCUACGAAUAGACCUCAGGAAUUGGACGAGGCGGCUUUGAGACGAUUCCCUAAAAGGGUGUACGUGAGUUUACCGAAUUUAGAAACUAGAGCGAAGUUGUUGAAGAAAUUGUUGGAGAAACAGGGUUGUACUUUGACGCAACAGGAAUUGAAACGAUUGUCUACGUUAACCGAUGGUUAUUCCGGUAGCGAUUUAACAGCUUUAGCUAAGGAUGCCGCUUUGGGCCCCAUAAGAGAGUUACAACCGGAACAAGUGAAGCAAAUGGACCCAAGCGCGGUGCGUGGGAUUACUAUUAACGAUUUCUUGGAUUCGUUGAAGCGCAUCAGACGUAGCGUGUCACCUCAGAGCCUUGUAGCUUACGAAAAGUGGUCUUUACAGUACGGUGAUGUUUCCCUGUAA